GGCUUGUAGCACAGAGCAAUACGACGUCGGAUCAGAGCCCUCCUUCAGCUCACAUUCUCAAUGCUCCAAUCUCCAACUACUGCUUCCCCGCAGCAUGGUUCUUGCUGUUGCAGGUGUUUCUUGUAAACUUGCCCACCUCACUUCUCUUUAUUAUUGUAUUUAAUUUAUUUCUCUCUGUAAUUUUGCUCAAAUUGAGUUAUACUUUCAUUUAAUGGCUGAUAAAUCUGAUUGCUUUUAGCCAUUUUGCAUUUACAUAAUUGUCAAUCAACCAAAAUUGCUAAUUACCAAAACAAACAUGAAUUAUCUCACUCUUUCAAACCCAAAUUCCAUCUUCAAUCCACCUAUAGUCUCACCCCACCUCACAAAAUCAACAUAUAAAUCUGUUUCUGGGUCUUUUAGUUUGCCCAAAUUGGUGCCGAACCCACAUAAAAACAUGGGUUAUUUGAGAAAACCCAUAUUUGAUUCAAGAUUCAAUAAUGGGUAUUCGAGUAUGGAAAAAAGGUUAUCCGGGGCAAGUUUUAGUUUCAGAAUUGGUGGUGAUGUUGUGAAAGUGAGGUGUGAGAGUAAAAAUGAAGAUGAUGCAUUUUACAUGAGAAAGUCCGUGGAGCUAGCUAAGCAGGCAAUUGGGUGUACUAGUCCUAAUCCUAUGGUUGGCUGUAUUAUUGUUAAAGAUGGUAAGAUUGUUGGUCAAGGGUUUCAUCCUAAGGCAGGUCAGCCUCAUGCUGAGGUUUUUGCUUUAAGGGAUGCUGGGGAGAAGGCUGAGAAUGCAACUGCUUAUGUGACUUUGGAACCCUGCAAUCAUUAUGGAAAAACUCCUCCCUGUUCCGAGGCUUUGAUCAAAGCCAAAGUGAAGAAAGUUGUGGUCGGCAUGGUGGAUCCGAACCCUAUUGUUUCAUCUAGGGGGAUUAAUAGGCUUCAAGAAGCAGGCAUUGAAGUAGUUGUUGGAGUUGAGGAAGAUUUAUGCAACAAGCUCAAUGAAGCAUUUAUUCACAAAAUGAUUUCUGGGAAGCCUUUUGUUACUCUCAGAUACUCCAUCUCCGUUAAUGCUGUGCUUAUAGAUCAACUGGGGGAUAAAGUUGCAGAGCGUGGAGGAUAUUACUCUCAAUUGCUACAAGAAUAUGAUGCAGUAAUACAUGCAGCAACCACCACGAUGGACAAAGCAAUGUCAUUCGUUACAUCACAAGAACCAAAUGCCCGUCAACCUCAACAAAUAUUUAUAGCUAAGAAAUCUGAUUUCCUUAACUGGGAUUUGGAACUACUUGUAGAAGCAGACUGUAAACCAAUUAUAUUUGUGGACGAGGAAGUAAUACUACCACCGGAAAUGUCUCAGAAGGGUAUUGAAACAGUUGUUAUGGACGACAUCAGUUUGGAUGCUGUUUUGGAGUAUUGCAGUAGACAAGGAAUGUGUAAUGUAUUGGUAGAUUUGAGAGGGAAACUAAGCGUUUGGGAAGACGUUUUGGAGAAAGGUUUUCUAACGAAUUCGGUACAAAAGGUGGUAGUGGAGGUACUACCUCUUUGGGUAGGGGAUGAUGUCAAUCUUUCUUCCUCAACAAUGAUGAGUCUCACCCAAAGUAAGAGGUUGAAGAACUUAUCAACUAGGAUUAUACAAGACACUGUGUUACUUGAGGGAUAUUUUUGAUCUUUAUAUAGUAUUUAAUGACUUUAUUUCUCAUAGAAGAGAAUUGUUAUGAUUUUGUCAGAAUUUCAAGUGUAUUUACUGUUUUUACAGAAUCAACUAAAUAAAAUUAUAUGGAAUAUCAAGAGCCAAAAUUUUACAAAAAGUGGUA